GUUACACUUACACACACUCUCUCUCUCUCUCCGAGUCACAUUGUCAACGAAAAUCAUUUGAAAAUUCUCCACCUUCCCUCUACUUUCUCAUCUUUCUCUCUCUAUAUACAAAUAUAAAACACCACGCGCCUUCAUUUCCAGAUCUUACAUACUUCUCAGCUCUCUCUCUCUCUCUCUCUUUCAAUAAUAAUAAUGGCGAAGCCAAGGUACUCGAGGUUUCAGCCUGCUCGCAAAACGACGUCCUCCUCCUCCAUGAUCCUCACCUCACUCCUCAUCUUCACAUUCCUCGUUUUGAUCCUUCUGGCGCUUGGAUUCCUCUCCAUUCCAACCGCCUCAAACCACCACGUUUCAAAACCCAACGACCUCACUCACAUCGCUCAUAACACUCUCCACACAGCCGAAGAUGAUGAUGGCAAUGGAGAGCACUGGAUUGAAGUAGUUUCUUGGGAGCCUCGUGCUUUUAUCUAUCAUAAUUUUCUGACCAAAGCAGAAUGUGAAUAUCUAAUCAAUAUAGCGAAGCCAAAUAUGCAUAAGUCAUCCGUUGUAGAUAGUACAACUGGGAAGAGUAAAGACAGCAGAGUAAGGACAAGCUCUGGUACUUUUCUAGCCAGAGGACGUGAUAAAGUUGUGAGGAAUAUAGAGAAGAGAAUUGCUGAUUUUACUUUUAUACCUGUAGAGCAGGGUGAAGGACUUCAAGUUCUCCACUAUGAAGUUGGACAAAAGUAUGAGCCUCAUUAUGACUACUUUUUGGAUGAAUUUAACACACAGAACGGGGGCCAGCGUAUAGCGACAGUACUGAUGUACCUCUCAGAUGUUGAAGAAGGUGGUGAGACUGUGUUCCCAGCUGCCAAGGGAAAUAUCAGCUCUGUGCCAUGGUGGAAUGAGCUUUCCGAGUGUGGAAAGAAAGGUCUUUCGAUUAAGCCGAAGAGGGGGGAUGCUUUGCUUUUUUGGAGCAUGAAGCCUGAUGCAACUUUAGACCCAUCAAGUUUGCAUGGUGGUUGUCCAGUGAUUAAGGGUGAUAAAUGGUCGUGCACCAAAUGGAUGCGUAUCAAUGAAUACAAAAUAAAUUAAAUAUACCACAGGAUCUAAUCAUGGAAUGUUGAUGGACGAAUUUGUCAAUUUUCAAUGGCAAGGGGCUACUUUGUCCUACAACAUGAGAUUGCAGGUUUAUUUUCUUUUAUUUAUUGAAAUUAAUAUGGUAGUUAUUGCUAUUCAUCUGGCAGGUUGAUUAACUUCUCUAGGCCUUCUCUCUGAGUUCAUUGAUGCUAAUGUUGUACCAAAUCAUAGUCUGAGCUAAAAAUAUCUGAUGAUCAUGCUUUCGCAGCUGAAAUGAAAUGUUAUUUACUGAAUGAUGCGGCAUCCUUCUGUAAUUUUUUGGUUCUUGUAACGUACCUCAAACUAAUUCCUUUUAUGUACCCUUUAUCAGUUGUAUUAUUAUUAGUAAAUAUUUAAGAAGUUUUUACAUAUACAUAUUUGUGAAUUUGCAAGACAAUAAUAUAUUGACUGAGUAUAUUACCAGCACUAUCUAUACUCAGUUCAAUUUAGUUUCCAUAUUCAUUGAAAGGCCACUAUUGAGAGGGACUU